AUGGCCAGGCGCUGCGGGGCGGUGGCAGCCGGGCUCCGAGGAAGACUGAGCCUGGUCUGCUCUUCCCGCUGCCUGCAGGGCUGGCAUCUGUCCCUGGGGCCGUCAGGAGCGCGCUGGGCCCAUGCCGGGGCUGCAGCCCAGCUGCAGAGGGAAUACGACGCGGUGGUGAUCGGGGCAGGGCACAACGGGCUGGUGGCAGCUGCCUACCUGCAGCAGGCAGGGUUGCGCACAGCUGUGCUGGAGAAGCGUCAUGUGCUGGGUGGCGCAGCAGUCACGGAGGAGAUUGUGCCAGGGUUCAAGUUCUCCCGGGCAUCUUAUCUGCUCAGCCUGCUGCGACCACAAAUCUAUGCUGAUCUGGAGCUGCAGCGGCACGGUCUGAGAGUGCUCCCACGGGACCCCCACUCCUUCACCCCACUGCUGGAGGACAGGAGCCCUCCUCGUUCCCUUCUUCUGGGACAUAACAUGGCCCAGACUCAGCAGCAGAUUGCUCAGUUCUCCCAGAAGGAUGCCCAGGCCUACCCUGAGUAUGAGGCGUUUAUGGGGCGUAUGGUGUUGGCCCUUGACCCACUGCUGGAUGCCCCUCCAGUGGAUACAGCUGCCCUGGGUAAAGGUUCCCUGCUCCAGCAGCUCAGGAACCUGCGAACCCUGAAGCCCUUGCUGCAGGCAGGGCUGGCACUGGGGCGGCAGCUGCCCUGCUAUUACGAGGUGCUCACAGCUCCCAUCUCCAAGAUCCUGGAUCACUGGUUUGAGUCAGAACCCCUGAAGGCAACUCUGGCUACUGAUGCAGUGAUUGGAGCCAUGGCCAGCCCACACACCCCUGGCAGUGGGUACGUGCUGUUGCACCAUGUCAUGGGUGAGCUGGAUGGACGGCGGGGAGCCUGGGGCUAUGUGGCAGGUGGGAUGGGAGCUCUGUCCCAAGCCAUCGCCCAGGCAGCGACUGCCCGGGGAGCCCACAUCUUUGCUGAGAAGGCAGUGUGUCACGUGCUGCUGGGCAGGGGCGGGGAGGCACAAGGUGUCGCUCUGCAGGAUGGGACAGAGGUGAGGAGCAAACUGGUGCUGUCCAAUGCCUCCCCCCAGAUCACCUUUCUGGAACUCAUUCCUCAGGAGCAGCUGCCAAAGGAUUUUGUUCAGCGGAUCAGGCAGGUUGACACACGCUCCCCUGUCACCAAGAUCAAUGUGGCGGUGGAUCGGCUGCCCAGCUUCCUGGCUGCCCCCAAUGCCCCCGAUGGCCAGCCCCUGCCCCACCACCAGUGCUCCAUACAUCUCAACUGCGAGGACACCCAGCUCCUGCAUCAGGCAUUCACUGAGGCUGCCCACGGACACCCCUCCAGCAGGCCCAUGAUCGAGCUCUGCAUUCCCUCAGCACUGGACCCAGGGCUGGCCCCACCAGGCUGCCAUGUCGUGUCCCUCUUCACCCAGUACACCCCAUCCAUGCUGGCAGGUGGUCAGCCCUGGGACGAGCAGGCCAGAAAUGCAUAUGCAGACACGGUGUUUGACUGCAUUGAAGACUAUGCCCCAGGGUUCAAGGCAUCCGUCAUUGGCAGGGACAUCUUGACACCACCGGACCUGGAGAGGAUCUUUGGGCUGCCCAGUGGAGUGGAACAUCUUCCAUGGAGGGAUGUCUCUGGACCAGCUGUACUUCGCCCGGCCUGCACCAUCCUACUCUGGCUACCGGUCCCCAGUUCCAGGCCUGUACCUCUGUGGAAGUGGAGCCCACCCUGGAGGAGGAGUGAUGGGAGCAGCAGGACGCAAUGCCGCCCAAGUGGCUAUCAAGGAUUUCAGGCACCUCUCAUGAGACUGGUGAAACUGACUUCACCAACAGAGGGUUGCAACAGCAGCAUGCCUUGCUGAUGCUAUGCAGAGCCCUGUCCAUCCCCAACUUGCUUCCC